GAAGGAGGGAGGGAGGAGGAGGAGGAGUUCCCCGUGUGAGUGCCGAAGCCCUCAGCUCUGCAUUCCGGCGGAGCUUACAGGCGCACACUGGCCGCAGCCUGGUCCCGGCCUGAAGACUUGUAGAAACUCAAAGGAAAAAGUUGCUCCGCGCGUGUUGCCCGCAGUUUUUCCUUUCUGUCUUGUUGUUUAUCCGGAGCUCUGUUUGUGGAAUGGUUUACGUUUUGUCCGAGAGCUGUCUGAAGAGUGAGAGAAGGCGGUUUAUGUCUUUGUAAGGUACUACCCUUCAUUUGUCACAGCGCUGUAACCCCAGACUGUUGGUACGCCAUGGUGAUCAUGACAGAAACCAGCCGGGGAGCUCAGUCGAGUCCUGCCCAGGGGAGGCCGCUGCAGGUCGGCUUCUAUGAAAUCAUCCGCACCCUGGGGAAAGGAAACUUUGCAGUGGUGAAACUGGCCAGACACAAAGUCACCAAAACACAGGUGGCAAUUAAGAUCAUCGAUAAAACCAGAUUGAAUCCGUCCAACCUGGAGAAAAUCUACAGAGAAGUGCAGAUAAUGAAGCUGUUAAACCACCCUCAUAUCAUCAAGCUGUACCAGGUCAUGGAGACCAAAGACAUGCUGUAUAUUGUGACGGAGUAUGCAAAGAAUGGAGAGAUGUUUGACCACCUAACCUCGAAUGGCCGCUUGAGUGAAGAUGAAGCACGAAAGAAGUUCUGGCAGAUCCUCGCAGCGGUGGACUACUGCCAUCGGCACCACAUCGUUCACCGUGACCUAAAAACCGAGAACCUGUUGCUGGAUGCCAACAUGAAUAUCAAACUGGCUGACUUUGGAUUUGGAAACUUCUACAAUGCAGGGGAGCCUCUGUCUACAUGGUGUGGUAGCCCGCCUUAUGCUGCCCCUGAAGUGUUUGAAGGGAAAGAGUAUGAGGGGCCUCAGCUGGACAUUUGGAGUCUCGGCGUGGUGCUUUACGUCCUCGUCUGCGGUUCUCUUCCAUUUGACGGAGCCAGCCUUCCUGCGCUCCGACAGAGAGUCACCGAAGGACGAUUCAGAAUCCCUUUCUUUAUGUCACAAGACUGUGAGAAUCUGAUCCGAAAGAUGCUGGUGGUGGACCCAGCCAAGAGGAUCAGCAUUGCUCAGAUCAAGCAACACCGCUGGAUGCUGGCAGACCCAACAGCUGCCCACCAGACCCUCAGCCAUUCCCUCACAGAGUACAACUCCAACCUGGGCGACUACAGCGAACCCGUGCUGGGCAUCAUGAACACACUGGGCAUCGACCGACAGAGGACUAUUGAGUCUCUGCAGAGCAGCAGCUACAACCACUUCUCUGCUAUCUACUACCUGCUGCUGGAGAGAGUGCGUGAGCAUCGCGCACAGCAGCUGAGCCGCCAGUGUGGAACAUGGAGCCAGAGACCCAGGAGCACCUCGGACUCCGCAGGUCCAGAGGUGAUCAUGGAGUCUACUGACAGUUUCAGAACGACAGCGUUUUCACUUCCAGCCAAAAGCACUCCUCCUGUGUACUCAGAGGUGGAGUGUGACCAAGCUGGAUUGUUUCAGCGUGUGGUGUUUCCAGUGGAGGCCAGCCUGAACAGAUUGCUCUGGAACCGCUCCAUUUCACCUAAUAGCCUGCUGGAGACGAGCAUCAGCGAAGAGGUGCGACCCAGAGACCUGGAGGAGGAGGAGGCAACACAAACUCUCGGGCCUCUGCUCCCUCCAACGACCACUUCUCGCAGGCACACUCUGGCUGAGGUCUCUGCCCGUUUCCAUCAGUGCAACCCUCCAUGUAUCGUGGUCAGCCCCUCAGAUGGUGCCUCCUCUGACAGCUGUCUGAAGUCCUCUUCCAGUCCUGCCCCCACUUUGCAAGCUGCUAUGGGUGGGAUGUCAACACUUCCAGCUGAGGGGGCUGAGGGAGGAGCUCUGCUAACUGCUGGAGCUCCCCUUGCACUCUCUUCCCACCUCCUGCCCCAUGCUCAGGGCAGCCUGCCCCCUGCCAACUUCCAGGAGGGUCGCAGAGCCUCUGACACCUCCCUUACACAAGGCCUCAAAGCUUUCCGCCAGCAGCUGAGGAAAAACACUCGCACUAAAGGACUUCUGGGAUUGAAUAAGAUCAAGGGUCUGACAAGGCAGGCUGUCCCUCCACCCUCCUGUAACCGCGGUAGCCGGGGGUCUCUGGGUCCAGCACUCUCUGAGCAUCGCAGCAUGCUGGAGGAGGUGCUGCACCAGCAAAGAAUGCUACAGAUUCAGCACCAACCGCAGCCUCAGGUCCAAGCCCCUCAGACAGGACCUCCCCAGAAGCCCCUGCUCUUCCUGGCACACCAACAGUCACCAUCUCCUCCACCUAAUACCGUGUUUACUUCCUCCUCCAUAUUCGACACCACCACCCAAACUGCCCUGCCUCCUCAGCAAGCUUCAGUCAGUCUGCAGCAGGGCCCCUGGCAACAAACCCUCGAGACCUCCGCCUCGGGCUGCUCAUCCUCAUCCUGCUACUCCUCUUCUCUGUCCCCCGUGGCCUCCGCUGCCUACCUUCUCGAAGCACGUCUGCACAUCAGCCAGCAACCCCACCCUCAUCCCCACAACGGCCUCUGCCAGCAAUCUGCAGCACAAGGCAAUUUCCCCAUCCUGCCCAAGCCAGCGGUGUGGAGCAUGGGCUCAGUCUCCGGAUCCGCAGAUCCCGACAUGCAGGAGCUGGGUAUGUCUGGACAGCAGCUCAGCAGCUGUGUGAUGGUGAAGUAAAUCAUCGGCCAAGCGAGACCGGCGAAUGUACUCUCAGUGGAAGAGCUAAAAAUGAUGCUGAGCACAGAAGAAAAGAGAGCAGAAGUGAAGAGGAAGAACAAAAGACCAGAUGCGAUUGACAAAUUUGUGUUUGUGAGGUACACAUGUGAGAAUGUGUCUGCACACGUGUUUGCUGUGUGUAUGUUUUUCUAAUCAUAUAAGCUAAAGACUAAGCAAUAACCAAACUCUGGGUGAGGUGUUAGAUUCGUAUCAGCCAGAGAAGCAAUAACAGACUAAAAGACUCCUCCAGCUCUCUGAUGGACUCACUUGAAUAGCUGACGUUGCUGAGUCACUCUCACAUUUUGAUGCUGUCUAAUUUAAUGUUUUGAUCUUUUUUUUUUUUUUAAAGAGGAAAGCUUGCUCUUCCACUCUUCCUUUUUUUUGUCACUUGUGUAAGCUCUCAGCGUUUCUCACUCACCUGGACAGAAGACCAAAAUUCAUACUAUUUUCAAGUCUCCCCACUUUGUUGGCCUUCCUAAAGAGACAUUUCUCUGUAGCAGUGCAGUGAACACGCAGUAUAGUGCCCUAAGCUUACAAAUGUACAACAAAGGAGACAAUUUUGAUUUUUACUGAAACUGUGAUUUUUUUUUUCCUUCUGUGUGCAAGAUUAUAAUUUUAGCAACGCAAAAUGCUGCUUUUACCUCAAGCUGCAAAAAGACUGCUACACCCUCAUCAGCCAAAACUGAGUGAAGACGGUGUUUCGCUGAUUGAGUAAAGCACAGCAGGUAGAUCGGUCAGCCUGGUAGCACCUUACACGUGUGGAUCCAUACCCCCCCCCCCCCCCCCCCCGCCCCAUCCCGCCUCCUUGUCUGAUAAGCACCUUCUUUUUAGAUGCUUUUACUACCUCCUCAGGCAACAAUUUGGAAAUUUUAAGGAAAAACCUUUAAAAUCUAACAUGUAGGUCAGCAGAUCCAGAACAUCAGAGGAAAAACGUUUUUCAUACGGAACAAAGACUGUGGGAACAGUGCAAUAUUUUACAUGGGAAAACAAUGGAAAUGAGGCUCAACAUAGGAUGGUCAAAAAUUUCUUAUAUACUUGCCUGAGGUUUUGUGUUUGUCUCUUUUUACCUUGUGUUUGAUCUUGCCGUGCUGGCUAGCUGACUAGAAAAGGUACUUCUUAUGUAACAUACUGACGAUACUGUAGUGACUUAGAAAAGAGGCAUUUCAAAAUGCUGUUUUUAUUCCCGCAGCAUGCUUGUAGUUCUGAAAGGAAGAAUUUGGGUUUUACCAAAGACUCAACAGCACAAGAAAUGGGUGAUCUGUCAAAGACACACUACUGGCUUUCCUCUUUGCUGUCUCAAGAUGUAGCGUGGUGGCGUAGCGAACCAAUUUGACACGCUCUCCUUAGUUUCUGCUGUGAGAAAAAACUCCCGCUGCCACCAAAUCCUAAUGCUACGUGUAUUGUUGGUAUCUCUAGCUGUUACUAUGAGGACCAUGGUAGUGUUUGUUUUGUACUUUUCUAAAAAAAAAAAAAAAAAAAAAUUUAAAAAGAAGAAGAAGAAAACAGAACAUAG